UUAAAAUGAUGAAUCCAUAAAAGGACAAACGCAUAAUAAAAUAUAGAAUUAGAUCAUAUUUAAAACUAGAAUAGCAGGUUCGUUUCGCUUCUCGGAGAAAGAAAGCAGUACCGCUUGUAAUUAAUAUAUAGACAAUGAACAAUAAUUUACACUCGAGGCGUGAGGUUCGCGAGAAAAAAGCUACUCAGGAGUCUCCUCGCACGCUGGCUGAAUUUCGUGCCGUCAUGAGAAUGAAGCGCAACCUCAACAACAGAAGAAGCGCAGAGUCCGAGGAAGAGGAGGAGUUGUUCUACAGCUCGCCGUCUGGCUACCCAGGUGAGCGUUUUUUUAGGUCUUUGUGUCCUGAAUCGCCUUUUAAGGCUCGCAUUCGGAUUGAGCGUAUUUACUGGGAUGCUUGGGGCUCGGCUGUACGCAGCAUUCUCUUUUCAGGUUUCGGAAUUAUUUUGCUUAUCCUAGGUCUGGUAUGCGUGCUUAUCUUACACGAAAUAUCCCGUGGCGCCGUAAUUCUUUUCGCGGGAGUACUACUAUGCACACCUGGGUUUUACAGUUUAUAUGUGCUCCUUAUGUAUGUUCGUGGACACAAAAAUUAUUCCUACUGCCAGCUGCCAGGAAACCAUUGAUUGAGAUAAAGAAACGAAGGUGGCAAGUGUACAAUUGCAUUACUUUAUACCUUCUUAAAAUUCCUUUCGAUGCGCAGCAUUAUUAAGGAUAUGUUCCCCACCCCCUUCAAGACCUUGGCUGCCAAUAUAUAUUCGCCAAGCUUAUGUCGUUAGGUCGAAA